CGGUGAUACAUCACAUAACUGCUUAUUCCCGGCAUGCACCGGUCAUUCACAUACGUAACCAAUUUGUUUAUUUUAUUUUUUUAAGCCAUUGGGAAAACAAAAUACCGAAUGUAAUAUCAAAAACACGCCUUGGCAUUUAUUUUCUAGUUUCCAUAGCAACAGCCACUGACGAAUGCGAUAUUGCGCGGCGCAUUCUGGGCAAGGUCGGGAGUGCGGGUGAAUCCUUUCGCACAUGCGUAGUGAUUAUUGUGUGUCCGGAUUAAGGCGAGAAGGUUAGUGGCGUGCGAAUGUCGAGAUGUGGUACGAGAUCCUGCCCGCUUUGACCGUCAUGUAUGUCUGUUUGUGUAUCCCUGGAUUCUCCACCACCAGGAUCCACAAAUACACGAAUGGGGGAAAGGAGAAGCGGACUGCUCUGAACACCUAUCAGUGGUAUCUGAUGGAAAGGGACAGGCGUGUUUCCCAAACCAAUCGCUACUAUGAAUCAAAGGGCUUGGAAAACAUUGACUGAACCCAUGACGUGAUAAGUUCUACCUGAACCAGCUUAAUAUCAAUAAACAUGAAUUUAACAAAA